UCUGAACUGGACAGGAGCGCAUUUGUGAUCGAACAAUCGACAAGGUUAGGGUGGUGGACUCUUGAUUCGACCAGCACAAAUGGGUGUUCCAACGAACGUGUACAUUCACACGAAUAUUUACACCUAUAGCAAUAAGUAUAAAAAUUUGGAUCGCUUUGUUAGGGAUGUGAAAAGGUUCCUGAAGGAAUACGACAGCAUCGUGCUCCACAAGGAUCUCUAUAACCUAGUGUUUAGGAGCUACCUGCGCGAGAUUCGCUCGAAGGUGAAAGUGUUGCUGCAAAAGUUUGAUGCAGCUCCUAGUGAUGACGGUAGCACACACUCCAAGAAGGAAAUGUUUUGCUGCGGGCUUGCAUUUACGGACAGUGCCCAGUUUCGCAAACAUUAUAAGGCUAAACAUAACGAGGCGUUUCUAGUGUAUACGAAUACUCUAGAGUUAAAAUCUGCUUUUGCCAAACUGGACCACAUACGCCAUCGAGUGGAUGAGUACACAAGCUUUGGCAAAGAGUACACUUGCUCCCUGCUGUUGGAUCUGAAGAAAAUAGCGAAAAAUAUCUCAAGCACCUUGAAGUUUUAAAAUAAAAUGAUUCUAGAUUUAAUAAAAAAAAUCGGCCCUGUC